UGAUUAAUGAGUCAGUAUUCUUAUUUCUUAGGCUUAUCAAUAGUGUAGAGAAAUAUCCAAUCUCAAAUUCCCAAACCACAAAUUCCCCAAUCUCAAUUUACGGCCAAUAGCAGAAAAUGAGAAAAAAGUCUAACUAUUUCUGCAAUCCAGAAUAGAAGAAACUCCAAUUCUCCAAAGUCUAACUUUGAUUUCCAGAAUAGAAGAAACUACAAUUCUCCAAAGUCCCCAAGAAGAAUAGAGUCACAGAGGAAAUCAAUAAAGCAGAGAUUAAGGUCCAAUCCGAAAUUGGUAGUACUAUAGUCUUAGACUUGCUGAUACGAUAUGCGGUCGCCGGUUGAUAAGAACUGAGAAACCGGUUGCAGGCUUGCUGCUUGUCGAUUUGCAGGCCCCAAUUCGGCGGAUGUGUAGAACCAUGGAUAAUUACGGCGUAUUAUUAAUUAUUACUACGGAUUAUUAUAUACCAAAUACUAAUACUUAGCAUUUUUUAUGUGGAGGCCCCCAUGGAAAAUGAGGCCCAAGGCAUUUGCCUUGGUGAAAUGACCCCAAAGCCGCCUCUGGCAGCAGCUUCAUCUUCAUGUAUGCUGACCAUGUAUUGGAAUACGAAGCUUCCCAACACUGCCAUGCCCCUAGCAAUCAGAAAUUCCCUCCCAACUGCAGCAGCUACUGCUUGGUCCUCCUCCUUCGCAAAGGAAUUUCAGAGCUUAAACAGCGUCAUUAUCUACCGCCACAACGCGACGGAAAACGAAUUCCAUGACAACUCCGGCGUCUCCCUCUUCUUCAAGCCCGCCGCCUUACACAAAGGCAACGCCGACGGCAUGACCUUACGAUUAUCGACGCCUGCGAACGGCCCCGUUUUCCUGCCCCGGACGGAAUCCGAAAAGAUCCCGUUUUCCUCCCGGGAGAUUCCCCGAAUCCUCGACCGCUUCUCCGUAAAACCCGAUUCCGAUGAAGCUCGGGAGAUGAAGAAAACCAUCAAAGAAUGCGAAGAACCCCCUGUCAAAGGAGAGGAGAUGCAGUGCGCCACGUCACUGGAAUCCAUGGUCGACUUCGCCAUAUCUAUGAUGCAGGGGAUGCAGGGGAAGAAGAUCCGGGCUGUAUCGACGGAGACCGUUGCCGGAGAAACCUCAUUCUUUCAGAAUUACAGCGUUUCAGGCGUUGAGAAAAUGAAUGAAGAAGGCGAUGGGGUCAUCGUCUGCCACAAGCAGAGCUACGGAUACGCCGUCUUCCAUUGCCACAAAACAGAGACGACGGAUGCUUUUAAGGUUUCCCUGGUCGGAGCUAAUGGAGCGCAGGUAAAGGCGGCGGCGGUUUGCCACAAAGAUACUUCUGGUUGGAACCCAAAUCAUUUGGCUUUCCAGGUGCUUAAGGUCAAGCAAGGGACUGAUGAACCUGUUUGCCAUUUCCUUCCAGAGAAUCAUGUUGUCUGGUAUGCUAAGAACUGGGAGACGUAUUUCCCCAACUUAACGUUUUAAGAACCUCGGCUAGGCCAGCUUAAUUGUCAGCCACUACAUACAUGUCUGAUGUCUGUGUAAUGUAUAACGUACCGUGUAUAAAAGAAUAAGGUUGACAAUAUAAUAAAUAAAAGAGUCCAUGGCGUUCUAUGCUUUGUGAGGCAGGUUGAAGCUAGAGCUUGCUACUUGCACCUUCUCGCGGGUGGUAUCACAUCAGGAAGACAUGGUUCGUGCUUCCUUAUUUUCUUUCAAACUACCGAACACUUGCUCAUGGAUAUUUGUUCUACAAUAAACUGUUUUUGGGGCUUGCAUGCCCAUGUUGUUGGCCGGCUGUGGCCUAUGACUUACCGUUGAAUAUUUCCGUUAUUCAUUGGUUUAAAUGUGAUGUUGUUAUGUAUGUUUACUACUGAGUAUGGAUGGAUUGUUUUCUAGGACGCCUUGUGUAAUUAAGUGAGGUUGACUCGUGGGUGACGUCACUUGAUUAUACGGCGGUUGUACACGCAC